UAGAAGACACCAGUAUUCUUUUCUGGAAGAGGGAAAAGUGGAAGGAAACGUCUUACCAGGCCAGUUUUACUUGAGAUGAGUUUCUGUUUUUAUUCGUGAAGUGUAUAUCUCAGGAAGCAACUGGUCUUAGGACUUCAUAAAACCAUUUGUAGAGGAGGCACUAGCCUGGAGCUUUUGUGUUGAGCUUUUCCUUUUAUCUCUCCAGGCUCUCACCUCCUGCCAAGAUGUCCUGCCAGCAGAACCAGCAGCAGUGCCCGCCUCCACCCAAGUGCCCCUCACCCAAAUGCCCCCCAAAGAGUUCAGCACAGUGUCUGCCUCCAGCCUCCUCCUGCUGUGCUCCAAGCCCUGGGGGCUGCGGUGGCCCCAGCUCUGAGGGCGGCUGCUGCCUGAGCCACCACAGGCACGGCAGGUCCCACCGAUGCCGGCGCCAGAGCUCCAACUCCUGUGACAGGGGCAGUGGUCAGCAAGAUGGUGCCUCCAGCUGUGGCUAUGGCUCUGGAGGCUGCUGCUGACCUAAUUCCUGAUGUGGAGACAAGUGACUUUAGAGGAAACAAGUAUCUCAAGGACCAAGGAAAAGCCCUAACUUGACAGAUCCUUUCUUAGACAUCCUAAUUAAUCAUUCAUUUAUGGGGAAGGAUGCUUUUUCCAAAAGGCUCCACCCAUGUGUUUUCCAAGACUGUGGAAGCCUCCUUUACUCCUGACAAUGUUAUCACUUGUGUCUGAUUAUAGAGAGAAAUAAAGCUUCUGAACAGCACCUGCAUCUCACUU